CAUCUUUGCAUAUGCAAGUGUGGUUUUCGGCCAUAAUUUUCUAGUGAGAGAAAAUUUCUUUUGUGUUCCAUUAAUAUCAUUUUGUGUAUAAAAAAUAUCUAUAAUAUUUUCUAAAUAUUAUUAGAAAUAUUUUCUAUAAGAAAUAUACAAGAUUAUUAUUAUCCCAAAUUUUAAUCUUUAUAUUUUAUACUACUAUAAUCUUUACUAGCAUAAAGAUUGUGGUAGACUCCGGCGUUGUUCGUGUGUCAAAGUUGGAGACCGGACGCUUGAACGGUUACGUUUGCACUUUCAACGCUCUUUCUACGACUUCUUCGUUUUUAUCGCUUACGGAGAAAGGUAUAAAUUUCUUACUCACUAUAAGUUUUAGUACGUGAUUCUGGGCAAGAUAAUCAUUUUAUUUGAUUAUAAUACGGCCUGCGUGUCGUGCCUUAUCUCUUAAACUCUUGUUGUAAAUCUAUUUCUCUCUCUUACCUCAACCGAGGAUUCUUUUCUCACGUGGUGGUUUGAAGAUGAAAGGAUUUGAAGACCGUUUGGAGAAAUCUAAAAGAAUGGAGAUAGCCCGAAGUCCAAGUGCCCGAAAGCCAGUGGGAGCUAUCGUUUUAUUUUUCUUUUAGGGGUCACAAUCAUUACACGUUUAUUUACUGCGUUUUGUGAAUGCAUGUUGAAUGUAUGUUGAACACUAGUAAUGGACAUGUGCGCGGCCAUGUCGAUAAGUGAGAUCAAAAUUAUAAAUCCCUCACGAAUAUUAAGUCUAUUGCCUUCUGACGCCCGGCACCUAUCCGGCUAAUGUGCACUGUCAUGUACUCAGCCUCAGCAGAGCAUAGUACGGUGUAUGUUAAGCUGGUUACGGGAACCGCCAUAGCGUGGUCGCUGUCGCACGUUGGGUUAGACUUAAUUGAGUCUCGGUCAAAUGGAUGGACGACUCAGAGGCAGUAAGUUGGGGUCAUCAAUGACAAGUCGGAUGAUUCUACUCACUCAUCCAGCCAGGAGUUGGAUCUUUAUGAUUUAAUUGGAACUCUGUUCCUAACCAAAGUAGUCUGCUUGUAAGACGUGCCUCAGCCAAUUACAAGCAUGGUGAAAAGGUGUCCUGGUCCGGUUGUAGUAAUAUUGUUCGCCCAACACCAGAUCAAGAGCUGAGAGCCCGGCUCAUCAGUUGGAACUAUGUUCCUACCUAAAUAGUUGUCUUGUGGAGUAACGCCCAAGCGGAACGCAAGAUAAUGAAAUAUGGAUCUUGGCCCACUAGAGGUUUCGCCGGAAAUCUCCGAAUCAAUAUCGAGGGUUAUUGAUUUGUUAAAAAUAGUGGGAGAUAAUUAAUUAAAGGCCUAAUUAAUUAUUAAACAUGAUAGAUAACCUAGUUUGCAAAAUUUUCUGUAGAUGGCAAACAACAACAACCCUUUCAACCUGCGUUACAUCCUGGAAAACAACAAAUCAAGAAAGUUAAUAGGUCUGAAUCAAAGUACAUAUAUAGAUAAAAUCCUUGAUCGAUUUAGCAUGUCUAACUCAAAGAAAGGAUCUUUACCUAUGACACCUGGCACGGUUCUUUCCAAGAGCCAGAGUCCUUCUACUCCCGAGCAGAAGGAACUCAUGAUGAAGGUUCCAUACGCUUCUGCGAUUGGAUCCAUCAUGUACGCCAUGAUAUGUACUAGACCUGAUGUCUCAUUCGCUUUAAGCGUGACCAGCAGAUACCAGGGAAGUCCAGGAGAAGCACACUGGACAGCGGUCAAGAACAUCCUCAAGUAUCUUCGCAAUACUAAGGAUGCAUUCCUGGUAUACGGUGGUGAGGAAGAGCUAAAGGUGGUCGGUUACACUGAUGCUAGCUUCCAAACCGACAGAGACGAUUCAAAAUCACAAGCAGGAUAUUUGUUUUGCCUGAAUGGCGGAGCUUUUAGCUGGAAGAGCUUCAAGGAGGAUACAACCGCCGAUUCGACUACAGAGGCUGAGUACAUAGUUGCUGCCGAGGCAGCUAAAGAAGCUGUUUGGAUCAAGAAGUUCAUUACUGAACUUGGAGUGGUUCCUAGUAUUAAUGACCCUAUCUCGUUGUUUUGCGACAACACUGGGGCCAUUGCACAGGCAAAGGAACCGCGAUCUCACCAAAAAACCAAACAUAUUGUACGACGCUAUCACAUCAUACGAGAAAUCGUAGACAGAGGAGAUGUGAUGAUUUGCAAAGUAGAUACUGACGACAACAUAGCCGAUCCCCUGACCAAGCCUUUAGGAAAGCUAAAGCAUGAGGGUCACACUAGGUCCAUGGGCAUUAGACCGAUGCCAGAUUGGCCAUAGUGCAAGUGGGAGAUUGUUGGAGUUGUGCCCUGAUGGCCAACUGUUUAUCGUUAUCCUAUCAUGUAUAGGCAGAUAUAAUAUGUUUACACAUCUCAUGCUAAUGUAAACAAAUAUUAUAUUCCUAGAUUUAUAUUUAAAAGAUGUUUAUCAGAUAGUGUUCUUCUGCUGAUGAGACUAAUAUCUUGAAAUAAAUAUUUAUCUAAAUG